UUGCAGACAAAGCCCACUUUAAAUAAUUUACACUUGCUUUAGUCCCUUUUCUUCUUCAACAAUUCUAGGGUUUCUCUUUUCCACCCUACGAAACCCUCUCUUUCACCCUUACUCUCUAAUUUGAUUCCUUUUACCUAAUACAAUAUGUCUGAUGAAGAUUCAGAAUGUCCUGAAAGUGCUAAAUCCAAGAAUGUACCUGAUGAAUUAAAGGGUUUAGAUGACAAUUCAAGCAAGAUGGUAUCUGUAUUUGAUUCAAGUUUUGAUAUUUCUGGAAAAAGUUUGGAUUUUCCAUUAUUAGAAGGUGUAGAAGGUGGUGUUGAGGGUUUGUAUAUGUAUAAAAAUGUAUUUAAUUUAAUACCUAAGUCAAUUGGUGCACUUGGUAAGGUUAAAAUACUUAAGUUUUUUGGGAAUGAAGUUAAUUUGUUUCCAAAUGGUGAGUUAAGGAAUUUAGUUGAAUUAGAGAGUUUACAAGUCAAGGUAUCAUUGCCUGGUAUGAGUGGAUUGGAUUUGCAGAAAUUAAAGAGUUUGAAAGAAUUGGAGUUAUGUAAAGUUCCUUCAAGACCUUCAGCUUUUCCAAUUUUAAGAGAUAUUGCUGGUCUUAAAAGACUCACUAAGCUAUCUGUUUGUCAUUUUUCUAUCAGAUACCUGCCUCCUGAAAUUGCCUGUCUCACUAAUUUGGAGUGCCUAGAUCUUUCAUUCAAUAAGAUGAGGAAUUUACCAGUUGAGGUAACUCAUCUUAGCUCCUUACUGUCACUGAAGGUGGCUAAUAAUAAAUUGAUUGAAGUACCUCCGGGGUUGUCUUCUCUGCAAAGAUUAAAGAGUUUGGACCUUUCUAACAAUAGAUUAACAUCUUUGGAGAAUCUUGAUCUCCUUUCAAUGUAUAAUCUGCAGAGACUCAAUCUUCAGCACAAUAAGCUUCUUAGGUGUUGUUCCAUUCCUUCACGGGUAUGCUGCAAUUUGGAGGGGAAUUUCAUAGAUUUGUCCAAGGAUGACUUCACCAGCUCAUCUUCAGAAAUGGACGUGCUUGAAGGUGAUGAUCAAGAAACCUCUGAGAUUUCAUCAAAUGGAGCUUCUAUCACAUUGUCGGGUCAUUUAUGUGGCUCAUCAUCCAAUCAUCGAUGUUUUCGGCCUCGAAAAUCCAAGAGAUGGAAGCGGCAGUAUUAUUUGCAACAGAGGGCUCGUCAGGAGCGAUUAAAUAACAGCAGGAAAUGUGGUUCCUGCAAACAUUCUGAGCUAAUUGACAAUUCUCUGGUGGAAGGCUCGUCAAGCAUAGUGGAUCACGAUACAAAUGAUAAAGAACUGUUUGCUGAAGAAGCUGAGUGCAAAGACUCUUUAGAUAGUGUUGUUGACGAACAUAUCAGAUUAAAGGAGGACCAUUAUGUAGAAAGAUCUUCAUGUGUUGCUCCUGACUCCAUUGAAACAUGCAUAGAUAAUCAGAAUUGUAAAACAUGUGAUGCUUCAGUAGGUUCUCUUUCUGAUGCUGCUGAUGUGGUCGAGGAAAGCCUGUCUUCCGAGGCGUCUAAUAGUCCUCCAAAAUCGAAAAGGCACCUCGAUGGGGUCAUUGAUAAUCCAAAACCAUGCAAAACCCGCAGACCAACGGAUCAUUCAGAGGUAUCCUGUAAGUACAGCAUGAUGUCCUUCUGUGGUAUUGAUGAUUAUUUACCAGAUGGCUUUUAUGAUGCUGGACGAGAUCGGCCAUUUAUGUCGCUUAGGAGUUAUGAGCAGAAUUUGCAUCUUGAUUCACGGGAAGUCAUUUUAGUUGACAGGCAAAGAGAUGAAAUGCUGGAUGCCAUUGCUCUACGUGCUGAAGCACUGAUCUUUCAUUUUAAGCAGAUGGAUGGUCUGUUUAAAGAUAGAGAACAUGUUGCUGUAGACAACUUGCAAAUUGCAUCACUGCUUGCACUUUUAGUGUCGGAUCAUUUUGGUGGAAGUGACAGAAGUAAUGUUGUACAGAGGGCAAGGAAAGAAGUAUCUGGGUCGAACUAUAGCAAGCCUUUUGUCUGCACAUGCCCUACCGGAAAUGAUGACAUUACCAGCAUGGUCACAAAAGACAGUCCUAGCGUCUCAGGAGAUGUACAUUUCCUUGAUCUUUGUGAAAAAACACUUUGCUCCAUAAAAUCAAGGCAAAAUUCUAUUGUUGUUCCAAUUGGGAGUUUGCAGUAUGGUGUAUGUAGGCACAGGGCCUUGCUUAUGAAGUACCUGUGCGACCGAAUAGAACCUCGAAUAUCUUGUGAGCUUGUUAGGGGUUAUUUGGAUUUUUCACCGCAUGCAUGGAAUGUGAUUGUGGUAAAGAGGGGUGAAUCAUGGGUUCGAAUGAUAGUUGAUGCGUGCCAUCCCCUUGAUAUCAGAGAAGAGACAGAUCCAGAAUACUUUUGCAGGUAUGUUCCACUAAGCCGGAUAAAUGUUCCAGUUGUGCCAGAUGGUACUCCCGGUCAAGUUAGCUCUUUUCCUUCUCUAUCGGGUUCUGAUAAAAUUCAUAAAGCUCCUUCCUCAACCCUCAUCCAGUGUAAAUUGGGAUCUCAUGAGACUCUGGCAAAGGUGCGAACUUUAGAGGUAUCCAAGUCUUUGGCGGAUGAGAUUAGGAAUUUUGAGUUUAACUGCAUUGGAGAAGUUAGGGUGUUGGGUGUCUUAAAUAGUUCGUGCAUUGUCAAAUAUUAUGGCCAUCAAAUAUCUUCUAGAUGGGCUCCUUCAUCAGAUGGCAGUUCAGAAAGUCGUACUUUGCAGUCUGCCAUCUUGAUGGAGCACAUUAAAGGGGGUUCACUAAAGAAAUAUGUAGAUAAGCUAUCUAAUGCUGGUGAGAAGCGUCUUCCCGUUAAGCUGUCGGUAUUUAUUGCCCGGGAUGUAACAAAUGCAUUGACAGAGCUUCAUUCUAGGCAUAUCAUACAUCGUGAUAUAAAAAGUGAAAACAUCCUGAUAGAUCUGGAUAAGAAGAGAGCUGAUGGUACCCCUACAGUAAAGCUAUGUGACUUCGAUAUGGCGAUUCCCCUUCGUUCAUACUUACAUACUUGCUGCAUUGCCCAUAAUGGAAUUCCUCCACCGGAUGUAUGUGUUGGUACACCUCGUUGGAUGGCUCCUGAGGUCUUUCAGGCGAUGAAAAAGCGCAACAUCUAUGGGUUGGGUGCUGAUAUCUGGUCCUUUGGGUGCGUCCUUCUGGAAUUGUUAACACUUCAACUUCCUUACUCAGAGUCAUCUGAGUUAGAUAUCCACAAUUCUCUUCAGGCGGGUAAACGGUCACAACUACCCGAAGAACUAGAGGCAAUGGCCGCAUCCAAAUCUGAGCUAGAGGAUCUAGCAAAGUCUUGUUCUGGCUCGGACCUUGACAAGAAACAAUCUGAAUCUCGUAUCCUGAGAUUUCUCGUUUCUAUUUAUUGUUGGUGUACUGAGAAGGAUCCAGAUGACCGUCCCACAGCAGAGAACCUCUACAAUCUCUUGCUUACAUGUGCUAAUUCCCUUACUUCACAAAGUCAAGAAGAUUCUUGAUCUUCCUCAAAUUUUGUAGCCUUAGGAUGUUGUAGAUUAGCAUUAGAUUAUUCAGGAGUUAAGGACCCAAUAUUUGGGUCUGUUGACCCCUAGCUGAGCAAUGUAGCAUGUUCCUAAGCUCACUUCAAGUGGAAAACCACACCGACUUAUUCGCCUCCAUAGGGCAUUUAUGGUAGUUUUUCUUUCUGUAUCUUUCUCUUUCUCUUUAUUCCUUUUCCAGCUUGUAGUUCUAUAUACUUGUUCCCAUCUAGUGUAUUUCUCUUCCCAAAUCACAAUUGAAUAAUUAUGAAUGUAUCCUGAGUUUCUAGACCA